UUUUUGUUUUCAGCUAACAACAUUAAUUUUCUCAAUUGCCAUGCAUAACUUCUUCUAACUAGUUUGUUCAUUUUGUACUAUAUCAAAACUUCUCUUAGUAUCAUAUUCACAUUAUUUUUUUAUAGAGACUAAAAUUUAUUAGAGAAAUGGAAAAAAUUUAGUUGCGGAAUCUCAUUCAGCGUCUCAACACAUACCACUCCACACUUUUAGAAAUAUAUUCAUAUGUUUUUAAAUCGUUUUUUAAUAAAGUUCUCACACUCUUCAUGUCGUGUUUAUUCAAGGUUUAUAUCUGAUCAUGACGAACAUAGAUAUCAUCUCUACGGUGGAACUUAAUGUAAAGCAAGGAGAACCAAUUCGUGUUCAACCAGCGGAAGAAACAGAAAAGGGACUUUACUUUCUUUCAAACCUCGAUCAGAAUAUCGCGGUUCCAAUGCGCACAAUUUAUUGCUUUAAAUCAGAAACAAGAGGAAAUGAAAAAGCUGCACAAGUUAUUAAGGAUGCUUUGUCAAAAAUUCUUGUCCCUUAUCAUCCUAUGGCAGGAAAGUUGAUUAUAAGCACUGAAGGGAAGUUGAUUGUGGAUAACACAGGGGAAGGUGCAGUUUUUGUUGAGGCUGAAGCAGAUUGUAAUAUAGAUGAAAUUGGUGACUUAACAAAACCAGAUCCUCAUAGGCUUGGGAAAUUGGUUUAUAAUACACCAGGUGCUAAAAAUAUAUUAGAGAUGCCUCUUAUGACUGUUCAGGUGACAAAGUUCAAAUGUGGAGGAUUCACUUUGGGACUAAACAUGAUCCAUUGCAUGAAAGAUGGACUAUGUGCCAUGGAGUUUGUGAAUGCAUGGGCUGAAACAGCCAGAGGUUUAGACUUAAAAGUUCAACCAUUUCUUGAUCGAACCAUACUUGAAUCGCGCAACCCUCCCAAAAUAGAAUUCCAACACCACGAAUUCGACCAACUAGAAGAUCUAUCAAACUCUGAAAAAAUCUAUGAAGGAGAGAAAAUCAUCCAUAAAUCCUUCUUUUUCAAUCCUGAAAAGCUUGAUUCGCUCAAGAAAAAGGCAACAGAAGACGGAGUUUUAAAAAAAUGUUCAACUUUUGAAGCACUCUCGGCUUUUGUAUGGAGAGCUAGAACUUCAGCUUUAGAAAUGCAUCCUAAUCAACAAACGAAAUUACUUUUCGCAGUUGAUGGACGGUCGAGAUUCGUUCCGCCAAUACCAAAGGGAUAUUUUGGCAAUGCUAUUGUGCUAACAAAUUCUUUGUGUAAAGCAAGUGAUUUAUUGGAGAAUCCUUUUUCAUUUUCAGUUGGAUUGGUUCACAAGGCAAUUGAAAUGGUUACAGAUAGUUACAUGAGAUCAGCUAUUGAUUAUUUUGAGGUUACAAGAGCUAGGCCUUCUUUAACCGGAACACUUUUGAUUACAACAUGGACUAAAUUGUCUUUUGACACUACUGAUUUUGGUUGGGGUGAACCUUUGUGUUCUGGUCCUGUUACAUUGCCAGAUAAAGAAGUGAUUUUGUUCUUGUCACAUGGUCAAGGAAGGAAAGGUAUAAGUGUGCUUCUUGGUUUGCCUGAUUCUGCUAUGAAACGUUUUGAAGAAUUGGUGAUUAAUAUGGUGUGAAAAUCUAUUAUUCAUGUAGCAUAUAUAUACUGCAUACAUAUAUACAUACAUAUCAUUUAUGUGUAAACAGCUUGCUUGUUAAGCUAUUGAAUGUUGUGAUUAAGUUUGUAAUAAUUAAAGGUGUUAAGUAUAUAUAAUAAAUUGUAUGUGUUAUUGGCCUUGGCAAUGCUCAAAUGUUAAUGUUGUUUUCGUAGAA